GCUGGUCUCGACUGGCUUCCACGCCUGCGGGUGGCGCUGGACGUGCUGGAGGGUAUUCGCUUCCUGCACUCACAGGGUCUCGUGCACCGGGACAUAAAACCACGCAACGUCCUGCUGGAUGUCAAAAACCGAGCCAAGCUGACUGACAUGGGUUUCUGCAAACCCCUGCCCAUGAUCAGUGGCAGCGUUCUUGGCACACCGAUGCACAUGGCUCCGGAGAUCUUCGACCAUAAAUACUCCAGUUCGGUCGAUGUGUACGCGUUUGGAGUUCUUUUCUGGUACAUUUGUGCUGGCCGGGUACACCUUCCCAUCAACUAUGAAAGGUUCUCGGAAAAGAAUGAAUUAUGGUCGUGCGUGAAGAAAGGUCCUAAACAUUUUGUCGUAUUCUUUGUUCUGCGCUCAGGUCUACGGCCGGAAAAACUGCAAUGUUUUACUGGACCCUGUUGGGAGUUGAUGAAGUACUGCUGGACUUCGGAUACCACCAAAAGACCCCAUGUGGGGGUUGUGUACGAGAAAUUGCAGAAGAUUUACCGAGCUGAGGGAAAAAGAACCGCUUGA